CCAAUGAGGAAGCCCGGCAGGAUGGAGGGCGAGGCCUGGCAGCUAUAGUGCUUCUGGGCAGUAAAGGCGCGGGGUGCGCAGCUAGGGCGGCCGAGAGCCAUGGCGGCGGUGGUGGCGGCGGCGGCAGUGCGAGCCCGGAUCCUGCAGGUUUCUUCCAAAGUGAAAUCCCCCUGGUAUUCAGCAUCUCCCUUCUCUUCUUCAGUGCCAACUGUAAAGCUCUUCAUUGAUGGGAAAUUUGUUGAAUCCAAAAGUGACAAAUGGAUCGAUAUCCACAACCCAGCCACCAAUGAGGUAAUUGGUCGGGUCCCUCAGGCCACCAAGGCAGAAAUGGAUGCAGCCAUUGUUUCCUGCAAACGUGCUUUUCCUGCAUGGGCAGACACUUCAAUAUUAAGCCGUCAGCAGGUCUUGCUCCGCUAUCAACAACUUAUUAAAGAAAACUUGAAAGAAAUUGCCAAGUUAAUCACAUUGGAACAAGGGAAGACCCUAGCUGAUGCUGAAGGAGAUGUAUUUCGAGGCCUUCAGGUGGUUGAGCAUGCCUGUAGUGUGACAUCCCUCAUGAUGGGAGAGACCAUGCCAUCCAUCACCAAAGACAUGGACCUUUAUUCCUACCGUCUGCCUCUGGGAGUGUGUGCAGGCAUUGCUCCAUUCAAUUUUCCCGCCAUGAUCCCCCUUUGGAUGUUUCCCAUGGCGAUGGUGUGUGGAAAUACCUUCCUAAUGAAACCAUCCGAGCGAGUCCCUGGAGCAACUAUGCUUCUUGCUAAGUUGCUCCAGGAUUCUGGUGCCCCUGAUGGAACAUUAAAUAUCAUCCAUGGACAACAUGAAGCUGUAAAUUUUAUUUGCGAUCAUCCGGACAUUAAAGCAAUCAGCUUUGUGGGAUCCAACCAGGCAGGAGAGUAUAUCUUCGAGAGAGGAUCAAGACAUGGCAAGAGGGUUCAAGCCAAUAUGGGAGCCAAGAACCAUGGGGUAGUCAUGCCAGAUGCCAAUAAGGAAAAUACCCUGAACCAGCUGGUUGGGGCAGCAUUUGGAGCUGCUGGUCAGCGCUGCAUGGCUCUUUCAACAGCAGUCCUUGUGGGAGAAGCUAAGAAGUGGCUGCCAGAGCUGGUGGAGCGUGCCAAAAACCUGAGAGUCAAUGCAGGAGAUCAGCCUGGAGCUGAUCUUGGCCCUCUGAUCACUCCCCAGGCCAAAGAGAGAGUCUGUAAUCUGAUUGAUAGUGGAACAAAGGAGGGAGCUUCCAUCCUUCUUGAUGGACGAAAAAUUAAAGUGAAAGGCUAUGAAAAUGGCAACUUCGUUGGACCAACCAUCAUCUCGAAUGUCAAGCCAAAUAUGACCUGUUACAAAGAGGAGAUUUUUGGUCCAGUUCUUGUGGUUCUGGAGACAGAAACAUUGGAUGAAGCCAUCCAGAUUGUAAAUAACAACCCAUAUGGAAAUGGAACUGCCAUUUUCACCACCAAUGGAGCCACUGCUCGGAAAUAUGCCCACCUGGUGGAUGUUGGACAGGUGGGAGUGAAUGUUCCCAUUCCAGUGCCUUUGCCAAUGUUCUCAUUCACCGGCUCUCGAUCAUCCUUCAGAGGAGACACCAAUUUCUAUGGCAAACAGGGCAUCCAAUUCUACACUCAGUUAAAGACCAUUACUUCUCAAUGGAAAGAAGAAGAUGCUACACUUUCCUCACCUGCUGUUGUCAUGCCUACCAUGGGCCGUUAGAAACAAGUUUAAGACUCAGUCCAUCCUGAGUAAUCUCCCUUUAUUUUUGACCAGAUUUAUUUUUCAGCUUUGCUCAGAUCAGAUCUAUGGGACUGGAAUACUAACUAAAAUCUUCCUCAGGACUAUUAGCCCCUGCAAAGUUUCUAUAGGGAGCUGCCUAGUGUAAUCUGAAACCAGAUUUUUCACUUACUCUUCAUACUUCUAUUUUUGAGAUAACUGUUGUAACCAUGAAAUCCUUAUCUGAAAUGAGUGCUUAAACCUGAUUUCUAAAAAUUAUCCCCUUUUCUGAUGA